AUGGUGGAUGGGUUGUCUUCCGCACUGUUUACUGUUCUUGCUAUCUUCUUUCUCUUUGCGGGCACUGUGCAGACACUGAGCUUGAAAUGGGCCGACACCAUUGAAGCCUCUGAUGGCUUUACGGGUCCCACGAGCGGCCAAGGCGGUUCUCACGCCGUUAACUUCCGGCUGCUCUACUCCUUUGCCCACCCUUUCACGCAAGCCUUCUUCAUGUUCUGUGCAGAGACAUGCUGCCUCGUGUUGCUCGUCUGCAUGCUGGUGUGGAAGAAGUAUGUGGCACCCCGUCUGCACAACAGCAGGGAGGACACUGGUGCUGCUCCCACAGGCGAAUUGGUGGCGGGCGAAGACUAUGCGCUGCCUUGUAGCCCGUCUCUGUGGUUGCUGCCGUCUGGCGCCGACUUUUUGGCGAGUAUAGUGCAGAACGUCGGCCUGAUGCUCACGUACGCCUCUGUGUACCAGAUACUGUGCGGCUCCACCGUUGUGUGGAUCGCCCUCAUCUCAUACUUCUGGCUAGGCUACCGCUUCACGAAGGUGGAGCUGUGGGGGAUGGGCUGCGUCGCGCUAGGUGUCUUUUUGGUAGGCCUGAGCAACCUCCUGGAACGGGGUAUCGACUUCGAGAGCACCUCGCACGGGCGGCACAAGAAUCAGGUGCUGGGCAACCUCCUUGUCCUAAUGGCGCAAAUUCUGCACGCCUACCAAGGCGUGUGUGAGGAGCGGCUGAUCCGCCUCUACAAGGUUCCGUCGCUGCAGAUGGUGGGGACAGAGGGUAUCUACGGUAUCGGCCUGUCGCUCAGUCUGCUCGCCUUCCUGCAGCUGGUGCCAAUGGCCACCUGGGGCCACAAUUUGGUGGCUGUAGAGGAGUUUUUGGGUUCUGGUGAACUUGGCGUCCUGCACGCCAACGUUACAUGGGUGCGACAGCUGCAGCCGGCGCUGAAGGUGCCCUACGAUGACGUUGUGCUCGCGUUUGCGCAGAUACGAGAGUCGUGGGAGUGUAAGGUGUUCAUCUUUGUCUAUAUCCUUUCCGGCUUUUUCUACAACGCGUGCCACAUGAGCGUCAUCAAGCACGUGUCGGCGACGGCCACUGUCAUGAUUGGAUCCCUGCGCAACGUAACUGUGUGGCUGGUGUGCCUCCUCAUCCCAUCGGUCUUCGAGGAGCACUUCAACGUCGUGCAGUUCAUUGGAUUUGUGUUUCUUGUGCUCGGCAACGUGCUGUUUCACCGAAUCUUGAUUACGCGCUUUGACGCCAUUCUGCCUGCGCAGAUGAUUGACGCCUGCCCGGUGCUCUUCCGCGACGCCCAGAAGGCUAGGGAAGGUGUUGCGAAAGUGGAGAACAGGAGCAGGGAUAUAUCACUUGAGCCGCAGCCGAGGGAGCUGAGGUCCAAGGAGGACUAG